AUGUGCCCUCAACCCAGCAUGGUAUUUUUCAACAACACCACAUCUUCCUCCACAAACUUCCUCCUCACUGCAUUUCCUGGGCUGGAACUUGCUCAUGCCUGGAUCUCCAUUCCGGUCUGCUGUCUCUACACCAUCGCCCUCCUGGGCAACAGCGCGAUCUUGCUUGUCAUCAGCGUGGAGAAGGGUCUCCACAAGCCCAUGUACUACUUCCUCUCUAUGCUGUCAGCCGUCGAUCUAUGUCUAACUGGCUCAACUCUCCCCACCGUACUUGGGGUCCUUUGGUUUCAUGCCCGGGAGAUCAGCUUUAAAGCUUGCUUCAUCCAGAUGUCCUUGGUCCAUACUUUCUCUUUCCUGGAGUCCUCGGUUCUGGCGGCCAUGGCCUUUGACCGCUUCAUGGCCAUCUGUAAUCCACUGAGCUAUGCCACCGUCCUUACAGGCAUGAUAAUCAUGGUCAUUGGCCUGGUCAUCUGCACACGACAUGCGGCUUUUAUAUUUCUCAUGUUCCUGGCUUUGAAGAAUGUUUCUUUCCACGGGGGCCAGGAACUUUCCCAUCCAUUUUGCUACCACCCAGAUAUGAUCAAGUACACACAUGCCAAUCCCUGGAUCAGCAGUUUUUUAGGCAUGUUUUUUCAGCUUUAUAUUACUGGCACUGACUUACUGUUUAUUCUUUUCUCUUAUGUCUUGAUUCUCCGGACUGUCCUGAGCACUGUGGCCCCCAAAAAGCAACAAAAAGCUCUCAGCACGUGUGUCUGUCACAUCUGUGCUGUCACUGUUUUCUAUGUGCCGAUGAUCAGCCUGUCUUUGACACACCACCUUCUCAGCACCACCCCAAGGGUGGUCUGCAGCACUUUGGCCAACAUCUAUUUGCUCUUACCACCUGUCCUGAACCCCAUCAUUUACAGUUGGAAGACCAGGACGAUUCGCCAGGCUAUGUUCCAGUUGCUUCGAUCUAAGAGAGUUCAGGGAGCCCCGAUAUGA